UCGUUGUCUCCCGCUUUCUCUUUUAAAACCCUAAUUUUUCCUUUUCCGGGGGUCAUUUCUUUUGGGAAAUAGUAAAUAGGUGCUCUACUGUUGGUGUCUUCGGGUCGGGCAGCUUGUUACAGCUUGCUCAGUGGUUUUGCUCCCUCGCCUUGGCUUAAUCUGGAGAAAAUUUGUGGCUUCUGCACCUGUUUGGUUGUCUGAAAAAAUGGAGGAGGAAGCAAAGGGAUUGGUUUUAUUUAUGUCGUCUUUUACUUACCCUCGUAGACAAUGAAGUUUCCAGACGAGUCUAGUGUUGUUGCCUGUGUCAGCGCAACAUGGCGUCUCUCGAUCCCCAUCCCCAUUUUCGUAUUUUUUGCUUUUCACGUGUUUGGUAAGCUUUUCUAGCAUCCGGGAAAGAAAAUUUUACAAUGCAAAGUUGUAUUCUUUUGAUCGUGGUCCGUAAGCACCGCAAAAAAAGGUAUUUGCAAAUUGAAACCACCUUUGGUUCUUACGUUCGUUCUCUGGUUCUGUAAUAGAGACGUGAUAUCUGGAGUCUACCGACGUAUAUUGAGAAAAUAUGCAGUCAUGUCUAUCCUAUGGCUCGUGGAAAUAUUGGUAUCCCUGGAAAUGUUCUACUCAUAUUGUUAUUUCACGAGGACAUUAUUAAUUUUAUGGUCCUUAUUUCUUUGUUUUCGCCAGCAUGAAAAAUGAGUUCAACCAGCAGGUCAGUUCUCGUUAGGAUCCCAUACAUGUUUGGGUUAGAAACUUUGGGUAACUUUCAUUUAAAGUAUCUGAUUGCAUAGUUUAUAAGGCUACAAUCAAUAACCAUGCAUCUCAAUUGCACUUUAUGGAGUGCAGAUAUAAUGAUGUUAGAAGGUAUACCUCCGAUCUCUUCUGACGAUGUUCGUGGCCGGAUUUCUUUCCAUUUAAUAUUCCCGUCUGUAUUGGCUUUGUUACAUUCAAGUUGGGCUUGGUGUUUUUAUAAUGAAAAUUAGCAAUACUGAAUACCGUAUGUUUUUGUUUUCUGGUUUUGUUAUAAGCACGGAAACCAACCACACCUUCAGAACUAUUGUUGACGUUGAACAAAAAGAUUUUCCUUUUCUAUUAACUCUAGACCCUGGUAGCGAAGAAGAAUAAGGAUGCUCUCUCUACCUCAUAAAAUAGACGAAUGAAGAUAUUCAUAAUGUCUAGAACUUGGAAAUACUAAGGUGGAAAUCUAAAGUCCAUGUUAGUCUAAGAACAUUCUAAAAGGUGAGCUAAAACCUUGGUAAAUAAUGAAGACCACAAACCUGAAAAUAUAGAAGAAAUUUGAACUCCAAACUCAGGUUGCUUUAAAAGGGUUAAAAUGUGACUUUUAAGUGCAAUCACAGAAGAGACUUUUAGCCAUUCUUAUUCUCUGGAGCUUUGGAGCCUUUAUUUCUCUUAUAUAAAGACUUAAGAUGGCGUUGGGGAUAUCUAUAUAACUCCAAGUUAGGCAAGAGACGAGGGCAAAAAAGUAUGGGGAGUUCAGUGUCCUGAAGAGUGAAAUAAUUCUGUGCCUUUGGGUGGUUUUCUGUCUGGUCGAGGUUAAAAGUUCAAGUUUCAAUUAUAAAAUGACGUGCAACUAUGGACACCACUUGGUUGUUGCUAGGUUAAGUGGAUAGCACAAUUUACAUUUUCUAAUGAUUACAAGUAGGUCUAGGAAAAUACAUAAAUCAACAACCUAUAAACUGGGACUUAUGGUUAUCAAAUUGAUUGGGUCCUCUUUAUACAAUUUGUGUGUGUGUGUGUGUGUGUGUAUUUAUAUUUAUUUAAAACUUUUUUACUCAUGGCCCAGAGUGUUUGUUUGGCCAUUGUUUUUCUGGUCCUUUCUCCUGUUUUCAUUAUUCUUAAUGUAAAAUGUUACAUCAAUUAAAAAUGGUUUCAAGUGUUAUGACUUAAAUGGAUACUACAUACAUGGCUAUUAUGUAAUUUAACUACUCACUAUGAUUUAUUUACAUUGUUUUGAUGGGAAUAUACGUUGUAUUGGAGGAAAUACCAUGUAGGAAACACAAUUUCUUUUUCUGAGGAUACUAUUCAGGGGUUCCAUCAUAUGGCAAUUCUGAGGAAUCUUAAAUGACCAAAAGAGGGUACCUAUCUUCACACCAAAAGUCAUUACCAGCAGAUCAGUGGGCUUGACCAUCUAUGCCUGGAAACGAAGUUGGAGACAGGGUCCACAAUUUCUUUGGACAAGAGAAUCUGUAUCAGGGCCAACAUCAGUCUCAGGCUGCUGAUGGAAGCUGGGUUGGUCUAAGUAACAAUCUAUGGGUUAGAAACCAGAGAGAGAUUAGUUCUCCUUUUAUUUCAAAUUUGAAGAAUUAUAAUGCACAUCAACCAGAUUCUGGAGGACUGGGUCAGCCUUCUCACUCACUUCAUGGUUUGAACUUCUCACAAUCAUAUAUAAGUCCUGAGAUUGGAAGAAGCGAGUCUCAAAAUCAACAUCAAACUCUGAAUGGUUAUGCAGCAGGACAUCAACUUAUCCAUGCAAGGCAGAUUGAAGCGAACUUUUUAGGUGCAGAUACAGUAUCUGAUAGGCAUAUAACACCAAGAGGCCUAUCUAUUCAUGAAGCACAACAAGUGAAUAAUCCUGAACUAAGCAAGAAAAAUGUAGCUAGGUUGGAAAAUACUGAUUCUCCUGUAAAUUUUGAUUUUUUCGGAGGUCAACAGCAAUUGAGUGGCAGGAAUUCCAGUGUGACACAGAUUUUGCCCAAGCAGCAGCCUGGGAAUCCUGACAUGCAGCUACUGCAACAACAAGCAAUUCUGUCACAUAUACAAGAACUUCAGAGGCAACACCAAUUUCAGGAGCAGGAAGCAAGACAACAUGUUUCAAUGAAUCAGAUGUCAUCCAACUCAAAGCAGGCAGCAGGAAACCAUUCAGCCACACUGAUUGAUGGUAUUCCUGUUAACGAGUUAUCUACCUCUCCUUGGCAGCCCCAGCAUAUGGUGAAUAAUGCAAACUCAUUGCAACAUGGUUUGUCUACACCAAUGCAGGGCCCCUCUAGUGGAUUUGGAUUUCCUUCCGAGCAGCAACAAGCACUGCGCCUCAUGGGUUUAAUUCCUGAACAAGUCGAUCAAUCCUUGUAUGGGGUUCCUAUUUCUUCUGCAAGUAGUUUUCUAGGUUCAAACUCUCCCAUUCCAUCAGAUAAACCUGCUAUGCAGCAGUUAUCUGUCAGUAACAACCCCAUUUUGGGGAGCCAUUAUACUGCAUACCCAGAUCAGGUUAGCAUGCAAGAUGGAAUGGCUGUGAGACAGGAUUUCCAGGGGAAAAGUAUGUUUGGCAUGUCAAGUCAAGGUUUAAAUGGUGGAUUAAAUUCUGAAAACUUGCAGCAUGUGAAUCUCCAACAGAGAAAUGCAUCGAUGCAGGAAUUUAGUAGCAGACAAGAGUUUGAUGGUCGAUCAGAAGUGUCACAGGAGAAGACAAUGGCACAGGUUGCUCCAUCACAGAAUGUGGCUACGUUAGAUCCCACUGAAGAAAAAAUUUUGUAUGGUUCAGAUGACAAUUUGUGGGAUGCUUUUGGCAGGACUGAUAACAUUUCGUCAGGUGGUUAUAAUAUGACAGAUGCUAGUGAUUUUAAUUCUGGAUAUUCCUUUUUACAGAGUGGAAGUUGGAGUGCUUUGAUGCAGUCCGCUGUGGCAGAAACUUCAAGUGGCGAUGUGGGGGUACAAGAAGGGUGGGGUGGUCUUAACACUCAUAAUAGUGGGCCUUCAAAUGGGAAUCAGCAGCCUUCAGAUGCUAAUGACGGUGGAAAACUGCAACCUGUUUGGGUUGACAACAACUUACAAACAUUGAAUUCUAGACAUUCUUCUGCCUCUGCUGAGGCUAAUAAUAGGUCCAACAAUUAUGUUAACUCGGCCAAUGUCUCUGGAUUUCAGCAACCGGGCCAAAGAACAUUCUUUCAACAAACUGAAGGCUUUCAGAAUAACAGUUCCCAAAGUUUAACUCCCCCAUCAUUGGAAGGUGAAAGAAAAUGGAUAGAUCGUAAUCUACCACAGAAGUCACUUUGUGAAGGUCGAAACUUGUCUGAAAAUGAAGGUAAUAUUUCAGGUGUAGAAAUUAAUGCAGAUAAUAUGUCAGGUUCUUGGAUCCAUCAACAGAAUGUAUCCUCUUAUAAUAGCCAACCUUGUAAGCCUAAUGGUUGGAGCUAUAUUGAACCGAUGUUCUCCCAUGGGGGUAACAGUAUGAAAAAUCAUGAAAAUCAUAACAUGUCACAAACUUCUCAGAGUGGAGAUCAUAAGAGAUCUAUACGUGAAGAGAUGGGUUCUGCUACUUUUAAGCAGAAUCAUGAUUCAGUUCCUAACCCAACUGAUGAAUUGCAGCGUGCAAAUCCUGCUGUUGAAAACUCGCAAGUGUACAAUGAAGGUUCUAGUCUAAUAAACAAUGCUGCAGUAGCUAAUGCUAGUAGUUCAAGAGAUGACCUAGGAAGCAGGCAACAAAAUCCAAGUAAUCGUAACCUUUCUUUUUGGAAAGAUGCUACUUCUUCAAUGGACUUAAAGGAAAGUGUUUUUCCGGCAAAAUACCAGCAUCAUCUUGAUAAGGGUUCUCAAAUAUUGGAAUCACCUGGGAACAGUUGUCUGGAGAAGGGUGCGACUGAAAUGCAUGAGAUUGAAAACUCAAAUGCUAGUGAUACACAAACUUCUUCUGGAAGCAAACAGAAAGUAGGAGGUAAUACCGUUCGAAAGCCAUCUGUAACUCGUAGAUUCCAGUACCAUCCAAUGGGGAAUUUCGAUAUAGAUGUGGAACCUUCUUUUGGAACAAGCCAUGCGACACAACCACAGGCUUCUGUGCAGCAUAACAGUCAUGGAUUUAAAGGUGGUGAGCUAAGUAACUUUAGGCAAUCCAAAUCCGGAACAGAUGGAAAUUCAAUGGAAGUGGAAAAGAACGACAUGAGAGCCUUUGGAGAUAUACCUUCUAAAAGAAUGCUCCCACCUUUUGGAUCUCGUUUUUCUUCUUCUCUGGAUAAACUUGCUGGUCAUGACGUGCGACAUGCGACCCUGCCGUCAAGCCAAAAUAUGCUUGAGCUUCUCCAUAAAGUGGAUCAACCAAGAGAACAUGGUAAUGCAACACACAGUCCCUCUUACCGAAAUCCUUCUUCUGAAAUGGGUGAAGCUGAAACUUCUGAUGGAUCAGUUGGUCAAACACCGCGAAAUCAAUCCUCUGAUUCUCAAGUUUUUGGUUUACAACUGGGUCCUCCUCAACGCUUGUCCAUGCAAGAUGCCGCUCUAUCUUCUCAUGGUUCCUCACCCAUGGUUAUGAGUUCAACCCAAUCUACCUCUGAAAUAGGAGAACGUGGUCAUAUGUUGUUGGCUCCUGUAGCCUCUAGACAGAGGGAUUUAAGGAAUAAUGUAACUGGUACUUCUGGACACAGUGGCAAUAAAAUCCCUCAUAUCAAUCCUCAAGGAAACGUGGCUGCAGUUUCUCAAUCUGCCUUUCCUUAUCCUAGAAAUCAUUUUCAUAAUCAGCACCCAGUUUCCAAUCACUCUGGUAAUGUGUUUUCAGAUAGAAUUGGUAUUCAUUCAAGAAAUUUUGAGGAUUCUUGUGAGCGUGUUGAGAAUGUUCCAAUGGCGUCAACGGAUAUUUCCAGAAGCCUCCAAAUGAACCUUGUUUCUUCCGCUGACACAUCCCUGUCCUCUCAGCAAAGCAGUGGCGAUAAAUCUCAUGUACAAAAUCCCACCCAGCUUGCGCAGGAAUUGGGUUCUGUACCUAUGUCUCAACGGGCUGCCUUCUCAAAACUCUCUUCUAAUGAGUGGGCAAAUGUCACAACCCAGAAACAUUCACUAAUUGCAGAACCACAUAAAGCUGCCUCAGAUUUGUUUAAAUCACAUAUGCAUAUGGACAAUUCAGAUAAGAGUUUUUCUGGACCCAAAAAAAUUGACAGUAGAGAGAAAUUGGAACUAGAGGCUAUGCCCCCUGGUGAAAAUUCUGUGAAUAUGCAAAAUAUUGUUGGGAGAGAAAAACAAAUGCAAGAAAGUCCGGGCAAGCAAGUUUCAGGUGGGAAGAGUGAAAUUUCCAUGCAGGCCAUAAGUGCAUCAGGUGGACUGGAAUCUGCUGGAAAUCACUCAUUAGGUGCAUCUCCUUCCAAUUCUAUGGCUACUCGAGUAAAUAUGGACACUUUUGGUCAUUCUUUGCGUCCAAAUAUUAGUUCGCAACACCAUUACUCAUUACUGCAUCAAAUGCAGACCAUGAAAAGUGCAGAUAAUGAUCCAUCUAACAGGAGUGGGAAGAGAUUUAAAGGUCCAGAUGGUGGUUUAGAUUCUCAGCAGGUUGCUAUGGAUGGAGGUCAAAUUUUAUCUCAUGGACACAAUAACGCUGUCAGAGAGUCAUUACUUAACCAUGCUUCGAUUUCACGUGUAGAUGCAACUUCGGUAAAUUUUUCAUCAAAGAAAGGGGAUGCCUAUGUAUCAUCUAGUAAUGACAUUGCAUCAUGUGUGAGAGGCGAGCAUUCUCAAAUUAGUCCUCAGAUGGCACCAUCUUGGUUUGAUCAAUAUGGAACCUUUAAAAAUGGACAAACGUUAACAGUACUUACUGGAUCUAAAAGUGUAACCAUGAAGUCUUUGGAUCAACCUUCGAUUGUUGAAAAGCCAGCCGAUGGUUUCAUUGCUCAAAAUCUUGUGAAGCAAGCAAAUGCUUCUGCUGAUGGUAGCGAGCAUAAUAAUGCACAGGAUAGUUCAACUCUCAUGACAAUAGAACACAGAAAUUUAUCUUCCAGUCAACCGUUACCACUUGAUUUCAUUAAUCAGAGUUUGGCUGCUGUAAGACCAAAAAAGCGCAAAAGCUCUGCACCUGAACUUUUACCAUGGAAUGAAGAAAUGACUCAAAGUUUUAGAAGGCUUCAGGAUAUAAGCAUGGCAGAUGUAGACUGGGCUCAGGCAACCAACCGGCUGAUUGAGAAGAAAGAAGAUGAAGUUGAAAUGAUUGACGAUGGAAUGAUGAUUAAACUGAAGAGGAGGCUUAACUUGAACACACAGCUAGUUCAACAACUCAUUCGUUCUCCUCCUUCUGCCACCCUCUCUUCUGAUGCCAGCUUACAUUAUGAGAGUAUGGCUUACCUUGCUUCUAGGCUAGCAUUAGGGGAUGCGUGUAAUAUAGUUCCUUCAACAGGAACUGAUAAUGUUUUGCAUCCAGAAAGCAGAAAUCUCCUUCCUGAGAGACCUAAAGUAUCUGGGAGAACUGAUGAUCAUAAAUUUAUAGAAGUUGUGGAGGACUUCAUGAGUCGGGUGCAGAAGAUGGAAAAUGAUUUAUUGAGAGUGGAGAAGAGAGCUUCAAUUUUAGAUUUGAGAGUGGAAUGCCAGGAGCUUGAGAAGUUCUCUGUCAUCAAUCGGUUUGCCAAGUUCCAUAGCCGAGGACAAGUUGAUGGGGGUGAGGCCUCAUCAUCCUCUGAUGUAACCACAGGUUCUCAGAAAUCUUGCCCCCAGAGAUAUGUUACUGCACUUCCCAUUCCUAGAAAUCUUCCUGACAGGGUACAAUGUCUUUCACUUUAAUUAUUAAUUGAUUGAUUUUGUUCAUGUCGGCCAAUUAUCUCUACAUCCCUAAUGCUUCUCUGGUCGAUUUUCUUUCAACUUAUAGUCAAUAUGCUUCACAAAUAGAACCAUACAAAUGGGAAUGUCAGAGAGAAAAUGAUUUCUAAGUUAUCUCCUUGAAAUCAAUUGAGGCUGUUAGAUAUGUGCCAAUUAGGUCAUUGAUGUCAUUUUGAGUAAUAUAAAUAGGUCCCUUCACACUUAAUGUACAAAAGAAAUUGCAAUGCUCUGUCUUUCUUUUUUUCCUGCAAAUGGGAGGGCAGAAGAAGUGCAGUUGUUUUCCAGAGGUCUCCAUGCAUCCAUCCCUAAACCCAGGUAUUAAUUGUACUUGUUUGGGUUUCAUUCAUGAUUUAAACCUUUUAGCCUUUCUUAUUUAGGAAAAAGAAAAAUGAGUGUUAGAUGUGGAGGCACAGAGUUGGGCUCGAAGUUAGUGUGCUGAUAUUUCAAUUUACAGAUUAUUUGGCGUUACAUGUAAAAAUUGUAAAUCCUUAUCAGUAUUUUAGCUGAAGUAAUAAAAAUAUUAUCAAGUGUUUAUUUUUAA